AUGAGGCUGAGCAUACAAUUUGCUAUAUUACACACUUGUAAGAUAGAGACAACACAUGCAAGCAUCACAUCCUCUUACCUCUCAACGAGUCAAGAUGAUAGAGUAUCGGUAACACCUGCACGUGUAACGGAGGGUGAACGUUUACAAAAUUAUCGUGCUAAAAAAAAAGAGCAGAAACUUCAAAAUAAUCAUUCCGAUGCGAUAUUAACACUCUCCCCGGUACCGUUAACAAAUGCUGAGCGUGCAAAAAAUUACCGUGAAAGACAAAAACAAAAAGAACUUGGAAAUAAUCUUGAUGAAAUAGUAGCAUCAUCUCCUGCACGUGUAACGGAGGCUGAACGUUUACGAAAUUAUCGUGCUAAAAAAAAAGAGCAGAAACUUCAAAAUAAUCCCGAUGCGAUAUUAACCCUCCCCGGCACCGUUAACAAAUGCUGA